GUGACUCUUCUCUUUCUUUCCGACGACGAUAGGCAACAUAAGCUGUACCGAAACUCUGCUGGCUCUAUCUUGAUCUCGACUUGAUCAUUGUAGUUUUCCGAGGAAGGUAAAAACGAGUGGCGCCAUCACCGCGUGUGUCCCCGUGGGACGGCUGUGGAUAUAUGGCCGACAAGUGGAGAACUAGUAUAAAAAGAAAUCAAGGUACCUCGUUUUUUCAGGUUCGUUCGUUCCGACCCCCAAGGAUGAGUUCAAGUGCUCCCCCUCAGUCCGCUUUGCGUCAACUCCUCAAACACAUCGAAGUUCCAAUCGAUCAAGAUGCACACUACAAAAACGAUCGUUGGACCAACAGAGACCUCAUUCCUAUGCCUCCAGAACGUCGAACAUACAAAAUCUGGUCCUACUUCAUUUACUGGUGUAUUUCUGGAAUGUGCAUCAGUGCAUACACCACCGGGUCAACUCUUCUCGCAUUCGGUCUGACUCCCCAGCAAGCUAUCGGAGCAAUUGUAGUUGGAUCUCUAUUCGUUGGGUUGUUAUCUGUUGCAUGUGGAUGGAUGGGUGAAAGGCACCACAUCGGUUACCCGGUCGUCUGCAGAUUCACAUGGGGAAUGCGGGGAUCCUAUUUCCCAAUCAUCGUUUCAACAUUCACGGCUAUAUUCUGGGAUGGCUUACAGGCCUAUUGGGGUGGGCAAGCAACUACCGUUACACUAGGGGCUAUAAUACCCGGUUUGGCUCACAUGAAAUCAACGCUCGCGGGCGGUGUCCUCAUGACGAAGGACUUGAUUGGGAUGCUAAUUUUCUAUAUCUUCUUCUUAACAAUCAUGCGUAUUCCACCUGAACGACUACAACGACCAUUUAUCAUUUCUUCGAUAAUCUUUUCCGGAACACUUAUCGGUCUUUUGGCUUGGGCCGUGUCCACCGUACAUGGCGGCGGACCGAUGUGGAAACAACCCGGACAGCCAAUCAAUGGUAAUAUUGGAUGGUCAAUGAUGUUUGGGAUUACUUCAAUCUUAGGUGCUUGGGGUGGCGGUACGCUGGGUCAGAGCGAUUGGACGCGAUAUGCCAAUCGACCAUUGGCACCUACACUUUCUCAAAUGUUUGCCGCUCCUUUAACCAUUAUCGUGACUUCAACUAUCGGUAUCGUGGUCACUUCCUGCGCAUCGCAAAUUGUCGGCGAAGUUAUAUGGAACCCUAUCGUUCUUGUGGGAAGACUUCAAGAGUUCUACGGCAAUUCCCCUCGAGUUCGAGCGGCGGUAUUCUUUGCUGGCCUUGGAUGCACUUGCGCGCAGUUAGGCAUUAGCAUUGUGUUGAACUCAAUCAGCGGGAGCAUGAACAUGACUACACUGAACCCUAAAUACCUGAACAUCCGUAGAGGAGCAUACAUACUUGCCCUGGCCGGGUUCGCCUCCAACCCCUGGCAGUAUCUUGCCAAUGCCAGUAUAUUCCUUACAGUCUUAUCCGGAUGGGGUGUAUUCCUAUCUCCGUUCGUUGGUAUGAUGCUCGCGGACUACCAUGUGAUACGAAGAUACAAACUCAAGAUGCAAGACCUCUACGUUAGUGGCGAGAGGUCUAUCUAUUGGUACUGGCAUGGUUUCCACUGGCGGCCCUUGGUGGCUUGGGUAAUCGCAGUAUUCCCUACCUUACCGGGACUCAUCAUGUCAGUGCGGGAUCCGACGCUCGAUAAUAACUGGGUCAAGCUCUUCCGAUUGACGUUCUUCCUUGGUUGGGCGAUAUCCUUCGUGGCCUAUAUCCUGAUCUGCAAAAUUUCUCCACCACCUAGUCUUGGCGAAGGUGAAGAUCGACAUAACGACGAGACGGUGUUUGGAUUAAGGGACGACGAGAUGGAUGCGAGUAGUACUACGGGGUCCGAUGCUAAAACUGAUAUGUCUGAUAAAGAGAAGGUUUGAAUUUCUCCGACGGGUGUACAUUAACGUUUCAACUUCUUCUUAUAAGUAACAUGUCUUGCAUAAUAAAGAAGACCCCAUUGCCCAUGA